AUGGAUCGUUUCCUUGUCUCUCAGGCCCUAUGCGCCGACUCAACUCCUUCACGCCAGGGAACUCCGCUGCAAUACAUCUUGAAACGCACAGAAACGACUGCUCCUUCCCACACUGUCACUGAUGGUGCACCGUUGGGGGCUUUUCGUCACAACCACCCCUGCCUAGCGGUUGAACCUUGGACGAACUCUGGUCUCAGCAGUCCAACUCCGAUGUUGCCUUGUCAAUAUCCAUGGGCCAUUGAAACCCCAGCCUUCACGCUCCCUUCAUCUCACUCGCCUACGCAGUCAAUGCCUGAUGGGCUUCCACGCUUCUAUCUUUCCUACGACCACGACUGGCCAUCUUGUUCAAUGACACCGGGUUCCACCUCAGGACAACUGAAGCUAGGACUCUUCCGCCCUAACGAUAGUAGGACCUCUUCUGAGUGGAUGCAGGAAUCCGACCAGAGCAUUUCGUGUAUGUUGGAGCCCGAUCGAUCCUACAUAGCAGCCUCUGAAGCCUUUGGGCCCCAUCAACAACCGCCCGAGAAUAUUACAACAACCUAUCCCACUGCAGCCCUAACGCCACCGUCGCCGGCUUUCUCGGCUUCAUCGUGCCAGUUGAGCUCUCCUGCAAUCAAACUCGAACCUGAUCACGUUGAUACACGAGUAUCCCCAACUGACACGGAGUUGUAUGCGGACGCAGACCCUCCCUACUCCGUGCUCAUUUAUCGAGCCCUUAAUUCUGUGCCUAGUAGAAGAUUGCCUCUUCAGGGGAUUUACAACUGGUUCAAGCAGCAUACCAAAAGAGGGAAAGAUCGCAAUUCUAAGGGGUGGAAAAAUAGCAUUCGACAUAACCUAUCUAUGAAUGCGGGUUUUGAGGCAGUUCGUGUGGAAGAAAUACCGGGCAAAAAAGCCAAGAAUGUCUGGCGUCUGACUGAUGAGGCAGCAAGGAAGGGUAUCCAAUCCACAACUCGGUAUAGAAAGCAGGGGAACUAUAAGAAGACGGUGGGCUUGGCCCCACCAGCUCCUCAGCGCCAACGAUCCGGAGCGAAGGGAGGAAAAGCUACCAAAGUUACUGCUAAAUAUCGCGGAAUAAUGGACCAGGGUGGUUUACGUAAAGAACGGUGCCGCCAACGACUGGCUUCGCAGCGGCGACCGCACAAGAUCCUUCACAGCCAACACCACCAGUCUCACGGGACGACGGCUAUCGUCUCGCGAUAUCAUACAUCAGGUCCAGCAACAGUACUGACUCGCACGCCAGCCGAACCGUUCGAUUUGGGCAGUCUUGUUAGUAGCGCUGACCCUCCUUCAUGCACCUCUAUCUUUUGUGACAUGGCGGGACCGGGAUCAGAAUGUCUAGCGAUGGAGACGGGAUUUCAGGGCUGGAGUAGUCUCCCCACCCCUUCUCCAUGGUUUGUUGACAGGUCCUGA